UCUCUAGAAGCAAUCCCAACAUCUCUCGAUUCGAAAGUCUGUUCCACGAUCACAUUGUCCACAUUUGAUAUUUCUUUCUACCAAUACUGGUGCCCCGAGAAACCUCGAGUUCUGGCUUCUGCAGAAUCGAGCGCGUGUAUCAUGAUGAAGAUUCUUGAAAUGGGUUAUUGCUGCAGAAGAAGGUCCAGGACGCAGAGAUCGAACCCCACGGGCAACAUGGUCAGCCGUGCCAUCACAGCUCAGCAAGAAGGAAUUAGGACGGUUCGGUCGUGCAAUUCAUGCGACUUCUCGAGUGACCCCGACUUCUGCAUUUGCUUGGUCACUUGGAACAUGAAUGGCCAGGUAUCUUAUGAAGAUCUUGAGGAGCUGGUCGGGAGCAAGCGGAAGUUCGACCUGCUGGUCGUGGGCUUGCAAGAAGCGCCGCGAAAGAGCAUCUCAAGAAUGUUGCAAGCAACUUUGGCCAAAACACACACCUUGUUAGGAAAAGCCAUCAUGCAAUCCGUGCAGCUAUAUGUGUUCGGACCCAAGAACUCUGACCUGUACACCGAAGAAUUGAAAGUCGACAAGCAAUCCGUCGGGGGACUCGGAGGACUGAUUAGGAGGAAAAAGGGAGCCGUCGCGAUUCGCAUCAAUUUCAGAGGUAUCCAAAUGGUGUUCAUCUCCUGCCAUCUCUCUGCUCAUGCACACAAUGUGGAGGAGAGGAACUCGCAGUGCAGGCGCAUAUCCCACUCCCUCUUCACCAAGUCCAAGCACCGGAACCCUUAUGCGCCGCCCGCCCAACUCACCGUCUGGUUGGGCGAUCUCAACUACCGACUGCAAGGCAUCGACAACCAACCCGCCCGAAAGUUGAUCCGCAAGGAUCUCCACAAGAUGCUGAUAGGAAAGGAUCAACUCUUGCAAGAGGCUGAGAGGGGAGAGGUAUUCAGCGGAUACUGCGAGGGUACGCUCAAAUUCAAGCCCACCUACAAAUAUGAUGUCGGAAGCAGCGACUAUGAUACAAGUCCAAAGGUACGAGUGCCAUCAUGGACGGACAGGAUCUUGUUCAAGAUAGAAGAUGCCGACAAAGUCAAAGCAAUUUUACGGUCCUAUGAAUCGGUGGACACUAUCGAGAGUUCUGAUCAUAAGCCAGUGAAAGCCCAUCUGUGCUUAAAGCUAAUCCCUAACCACGAUGAAUGAAAAUGAAGAACAUAAAG